ACGGACGUCGGGCCAAAAUGCAAAGGAACAAAGCAUUGGGAGAUUGACGAGUCUUCCUUCCACCCGGGAACCGAUGAAGCUACGUUCCCGCAGCCUCGUCCUCGCCGCCAACCGAGAGCCACUGCCUCGACCGCCGCCGCUUCAACCAACCCUUCUCUUGCCGAGCAAAUGGCGGCUUUGACCACCACCCUCUCUCGGAUAGACACCAACGUCUCCAAAACGGCACACAACGUCAAUAUCAUGAGCCGUGAGCUUCACGGGUAUUUUGACUUUGUCAAUUACCCGUACGCUCAAAUGGUCCCCUACGUUCCUCCACCGAAUUUCGGAGGUGAACAGAGUGGGACUCAAAACGUUGGUAGGGACGACGCGGUGGACGAAGACGAAGAAGAUGAUGAUGAUGAUGAUGAUGAUGAUGAUGAUGAUGAUGAUGAUGAUGAUGAUGGCGAUGGUGAUGAAGAUGAUGAAGAAGAAGAAGACAUUGACGAAGAACAACUUCUCAAUGAUCUUUCCCCGGAUUUCUAAGAGCUCUUGCUCUACUUUCUUCUCUCCCUUAUUUUAUCAUCUUUUAAUAUGCUUUCGUUAUGUACUACUCUAUUUCCCUUCAAUAAUUAAUAAAAAUCUUUAUGGUUUUUGUUAUUAAAUCUUUUUGUUAAUG